GGGGGAGCUUCGGGCUAAGGCCCGAGAGCAGCGGGCCGGGGCUAGCAGGAUGCUGUGCCCGGGGAGCGUUGUUGGUUACCGGUGAGGAAGGUGAAGCGCGGAGUUGCCUUUCACGGGCCCCCGGCGCCCCCCUAUGUACGCCUCUCUGCGCUCGGGGCCGGUGGCCGCUUUACCUGCCUCGGUUCCAUCCUCGACCCCCGGGUCCUGGAACUCCGGCGACGACGGCCGGGGCUGCGCCGGGACGGAGGGGAAGAGCCGCGGCGGCGCCCGGGCUUCUGGCUGCGGAGCGCGCAUCUGGCAGGUCCAAGGGUAGCCAAGGAUGGCUGCAGCUUCAUAUGAUCAGUUGUUAAAGCAAGUUGAGGCACUGAAGAUGGAGAACUCAAAUCUUCGACAAGAGCUAGAAGAUAAUUCCAGUCAUCUUACAAAACUGGAAACUGAGGCAUCUAAUAUGAAGGAAGUACUUAAACAACUACAAGGAAGUAUUGAAGAUGAAGCUAUGGCUUCUUCAGGACAGAUUGACUUAUUAGAACGUCUAAAAGAACUUAACUUAGACAGCAGCAAUUUCCCCGGAGUGAAACUACGAUCAAAAAUGUCCCUCCGUUCUUACGGAAGCCGGGAAGGAUCUGUAUCAAGUCGUUCAGGAGAGUGCAGUCCUGUUCCUAUGGGGUCGUUUCCAAGAAGAGGGUUUGUAAAUGGAAGCAGAGAAAGUACUGGAUAUUUAGAAGAACUUGAAAAAGAGAGAUCAUUACUCCUUGCUGAUCUUGACAAAGAGGAAAAGGAAAAAGACUGGUAUUAUGCUCAACUUCAGAAUCUCACUAAAAGAAUAGAUAGUCUUCCUUUAACUGAAAACUUUUCCUUACAAACAGAUAUGACCAGAAGGCAACUGGAAUAUGAAGCGAGACAAAUCAGAGUUGCUAUGGAUGAACAACUAGGUACUUGCCAAGAUAUGGAAAAACGAGCACAGCGAAGACUAGCCAGAAUCCAACAAAUAGAUAAGGACAUACUUCGUAUACGACAGCUUUUACAAUCCCAAGCAACUGAAGCAGAGAGGUCAUCUCAGAGCAAGCAUGAAGCAGGCUCACAUGAAGCUGAGCGGCAGAAUGAAGGUCAAGGAGUGGCAGAAAUCAACAUGGCAACUUCUAGCAGUGGCCAGGGUUCGACUACACGAGUAGAUCAUGAAACAGCCAGUGUUUUGAGUUCUGGUAGCACACAUUCUGCUCCUCGAAGGCUGACAAGUCACCUGGGAACCAAGGUGGAAAUGGUGUAUUCAUUAUUGUCAAUGCUUGGUACUCAUGAUAAGGAUGAUAUGUCGCGAACUUUGCUAGCUAUGUCUAGCUCCCAAGACAGCUGUAUAUCCAUGCGACAGUCUGGAUGUCUUCCUCUCCUCAUCCAGCUCUUACAUGGCAAUGACAAAGACUCUGUAUUGUUGGGAAAUUCCCGGGGCAGUAAAGAGGCUCGGGCCAGGGCCAGUGCAGCACUCCACAACAUCAUUCACUCACAGCCUGAUGACAAGAGAGGCAGGCGUGAAAUCCGAGUCCUUCAUCUUUUGGAACAGAUACGAGCUUACUGUGAAACCUGUUGGGAGUGGCAGGAAGCCCACGAACAAGGCAUGGACCAGGACAAAAAUCCAAUGCCAGCUCCAGUUGAACAUCAGAUCUGUCCUGCUGUGUGUGUUCUAAUGAAACUUUCAUUUGAUGAAGAACAUAGACAUGCAAUGAAUGAACUUGGUAGGAAGGCUACCCGGGGCAUUUCAUCACAGGAGCUAGGGCAGGGGCUUUCAGGGGGACUACAGGCCAUUGCAGAAUUAUUGCAAGUGGACUGUGAGAUGUAUGGGCUUACUAAUGACCACUACAGUAUUACUUUAAGACGAUAUGCUGGAAUGGCUUUGACAAACUUGACUUUUGGAGAUGUAGCCAACAAGGCUACGCUCUGCUCCAUGAAAGGCUGCAUGAGAGCACUUGUGGCCCAACUGAAAUCUGAAAGUGAAGACUUACAGCAGGUUGUUGCAAGUGUUUUGAGAAAUUUGUCUUGGAGAGCAGAUGUAAAUAGUAAGAAGACAUUGCGAGAAGUUGGAAGUGUGAAAGCAUUAAUGGAAUGUGCUUUGGAAGUUAAAAAGGAAUCCACCCUCAAAAGCGUCUUGAGUGCCUUAUGGAAUUUGUCAGCACAUUGCACUGAAAAUAAAGCUGAUAUAUGCGCUGUAGAUGGUGCACUUGCAUUUUUGGUUGGCACUCUCACUUACCGGAGCCAGACAAAUACUUUAGCCAUUAUUGAAAGUGGAGGUGGGAUAUUACGGAAUGUGUCCAGCCUGAUAGCUACAAAUGAAGACCACAGGCAAAUCCUAAGAGAGAACAAUUGCCUACAAACCUUAUUACAGCACUUAAAAUCUCACAGCUUGACAAUAGUCAGUAAUGCUUGUGGAACUUUGUGGAAUCUCUCGGCAAGAAAUCCUAAAGACCAAGAAUCAUUAUGGGAUAUGGGAGCAGUUAGCAUGCUCAAGAAUCUCAUUCAUUCAAAGCACAAAAUGAUUGCUAUGGGAAGUGCUGCAGCUUUAAGGAAUCUCAUGGCAAACAGACCUGCAAAGUAUAAGGAUGCCAAUAUUAUGUCUCCUGGUUCAAGCUUGCCAUCUCUUCAUGUUAGGAAACAAAAAGCCCUAGAAGCAGAAUUAGAUGCUCAGCAUUUAUCUGAAACUUUUGACAAUAUUGACAAUUUAAGUCCCAAGGCAUCUCAUCGUAGUAAGCAGAGACACAAGCAAAGUCUUUAUGGUGACUAUGUUUUUGAUGCCAAUCGACAUGACGACAAUAGAUCAGACAAUUUUAAUACUGGAAACAUGACUGUUCUUUCACCAUAUUUGAAUACUACAGUAUUGCCUAGCUCUUCUUCUAGGGGAAGCUUAGAUAGUUCUCGUUCUGAAAAAGAUAGAAGUUUGGAGAGAGAACGAGGAAUUGGCCUAAGCACGUAUCAUCCAGCAACAGAAAAUCCAGGAACCUCUUCAAAGCGAAGUUUGCAGAUCUCUACCACUGCAGCCCAGAUUGCCAAAGUCAUGGAAGAAGUAUCAGCCAUUCAUACCUCCCAGGAAGACAGAAGUUCUGGCUCUACUACAGAAUUACAUUGUGUGACAGAUGAAAGGAAUGCAAUAAGAAGAAGCUCUGCUGCCCACACACACUCAAAUGCAUACAAUUUCACUAAAGCAGAAAAUCCAAAUAGGACAUGCUCUAUGCCUUAUGCCAAACUAGAAUAUAAGAGAUCUUCAAAUGAUAGUUUAAAUAGUGUUAGUAGUAGCGAUGGUUAUGGUAAGAGAGGUCAAAUGAAACCUUCAAUUGAAUCCUAUUCUGAAGAUGAUGAAAGCAAAUUUUGCAGUUAUGGUCAAUAUCCAGCUGAUCUAGCCCAUAAAAUACAUAGUGCAAAUCAUAUGGAUGAUAAUGAUGGAGAACUGGAUACACCAAUAAAUUAUAGUCUUAAAUAUUCAGAUGAGCAAUUGAACUCUGGAAGGCAAAGCCCUUCACAGAAUGAAAGAUGGGCAAGACCCAAACACAUAAUAGAAGACGAAAUAAAACAAAGUGAACAAAGACAAUCAAGAAGUCAAAAUACCACUUACCCUGUAUAUCCUGAGAGCACUGAUGAGAAGCACCUCAAGUUCCAACCACACUUUGGACAGCAGGAAUGUGUUUCUCCAUAUAGGUCAAGACCAACAAACAGUUCCGAAACAAAUCGAGUUGGUUCUACUCAUGGAAUUAAUCAAAAUGUUAACCAGUCUUUGUGUCAGGAAGAUGACUAUGAAGAUGAUAAACCUACCAACUAUAGUGAACGUUACUCUGAAGAAGAACAGCAUGAAGAAGAAGAGAGACCAACAAAUUAUAGUAUAAAAUACAAUGAGGAAAAACAUCACGUAGAUCAACCUAUUGAUUAUAGUUUAAAGUAUGCUACAGACAUGUCUUCCUCACAGAAACAAUCAUUUUCAUUUUCAAAGAGUUCAACUGCACAAAGCACUAAAACAGAACAUAUCUCUUCAAGCACAGAGAAUACAUCAUCCACACCUUCAUCUAAUGCCAAGAGACAAAAUCAGCUGCAUCCAAGUUCAGCACAAAGUAGAAGUGGUCAGACUCAAAAAGCUACCACUUGCAAAGUUCCUUCUAUCAACCAAGAAACAAUACAGACUUACUGUGUAGAAGACACCCCAAUAUGUUUUUCAAGGUGUAGUUCAUUAUCAUCAUUAUCAUCAGCUGAAGAUGAAAUAGGAUGUGGCCAGACAACACAGGAAGGAGAUUCUGCUAAUAAGCUGCAAAUAGCAGAAAUAAAAGAGAACAGUGUGACUAGAUCCACUGAAGAUCCUGUAAGUGAAGUCCCAACAGUGUCACAGCAUGUUAGAACCAAAUCCAGUAGACUACAGGCUUCUGGUUUGUCCACAGAAUCAGCAAGGCACAAAGCUGUGGAAUUGUCUUCAGGAGCCAAAUCUCCCUCUAAAAGUGGCGCUCAGACACCCAAAAGUCCACCAGAGCACUAUGUUCAGGAGACUCCACUCAUGUUUAGCAGAUGUACUUCUGUCAGCUCACUUGAUAGUUUUGAGAGUCGUUCCAUUGCCAGCUCUGUUCAAAGUGAGCCAUGUAGUGGAAUGGUAAGUGGUAUUAUAAGCCCUAGUGACCUUCCAGAUAGUCCUGGACAAACCAUGCCACCAAGCAGAAGCAAAACUCCACCACCACCUCCUCAGACAGUUCAAACCAAACGAGAAGUACCAAAAAAUAAAGUACCCACUGCUGAAAAGAGAGAGAGUGCACCUAAACAAGCCACUGUAAAUGCAGCUGUUCAGAGAGUCCAGGUUCUUCCAGAUGCUGAUACUUUACUACAUUUUGCUACAGAAAGCACCCCAGAUGGAUUUUCUUGUUCAUCUAGCCUAAGUGCUCUGAGCCUUGAUGAGCCAUUUAUACAGAAAGAUGUGGAGUUAAGAAUAAUGCCUCCAGUUCAGGAAAAUGAUAAUGGGAAUGAAACAGAACCAGAACAGCCUGAAGAAUCAAAUGAAAACCAAGAAAAAGAGAAAGAAGAAAAGCCUACUGAUUCUGAAAAAGAUCUGUUAGAUGAAUCAGAUGAUGAUGAUAUUGAAAUAUUAGAAGAAUGUAUUAUUUCUGCCAUGCCAACAAAGUCAUCACGCAAAGCCAAAAAGCUUGCCCAGACUGCUUCAAAAUUACCUCCACCUGUAGCAAGGAAACCAAGCCAGCUGCCUGUAUACAAACUUCUGCCAUCACAGAACAGGUUACAGGCACAAAAACAUGUUAGUUUCACACCAGGAGAUGAUAUGCCACGGGUAUAUUGUGUAGAAGGGACACCUAUAAACUUUUCCACAGCUACAUCGCUAAGUGAUCUAACAAUAGAAUCACCUCCAAAUGAACUAGCUGCUGCAGAGGAGGUCCGAGCAGGGGCCCAGCCAAGUGAAUUUGAAAAACGAGAUACCAUUCCUACAGAAGGCAGAAGUACAGAUGAGAUCCAAAGAGGAAAAGCAUCAUCCAUAACUGUGCCUAACUUGGAUGACAAUAAAACAGAGGAAGGUGAUAUUCUUGCAGAAUGCAUUAGUUCUGCGAUGCCCAAAGGAAAAAGUCAUAAGCCUUUCCGAGUGAAAAAGAUAAUGGACCAGGUCCAACAAGCAUCUAUGUCUUCAUCUGGAACUAAUAAAAAUCAAGUGGAUAGUAAGAAAAAGAAACCUACUUCACCAGUAAAACCCAUGCCACAAAAUACUGAAAGUAGAACACAUGCAAGGAAGAAUACAGACCCACAAAAUAACUUAAAUGCUGAACGAACUUUCACAGACAACAAAGAUUCAAAGAAACAGAACUUAAAAAAUAAUCCCAAGGACUUCAGUGAUAAACUACCAAAUAAUGAAGAUCGAGUCAGAGGAAGUUUUACUUUUGAUUCACCUCACCAUUACACCCCUAUUGAAGGAACUCCUUACUGUUUUUCACGAAAUGAUUCUUUGAGUUCCCUAGACUUUGAUGAUGAUGAUGUUGAUCUUUCCAGAGAAAAGGCUGAGUUAAGAAAAGGAAAAGAAAGUAAAGAUUCAGAUGCUAAAGUUACUAGUCAUACAGAACUAACCUCAAACCAGCAAUCAGCUAAUAAGUCACAAGCUGUUACAAAACAUACAGUAAAUCGAGGUCAGUCUAAACCUGUACUGCAGAAGCAACCUACCUUUCCCCAGUCAUCCAAAGACAUUCCAGAUAGAGGAGCAGCGACCGAUGAAAAAUUACAGAAUUUUGCUAUUGAAAAUACUCCCGUUUGCUUUUCUCGUAAUUCAUCUCUAAGUUCUCUUAGUGACAUUGACCAAGAAAACAACAACAACAAAGAAAAUGAACCUGUCAAAGAGACUGAGUCUCCUGACUCACAGAGAGAACCAAGUAAACCUCAGGCAUCCGGUUAUGCGCCUAAAUCAUUUCAUGUGGAAGAUACCCCCGUUUGUUUCUCAAGAAACAGUUCUCUCAGCUCUCUUAGUAUUGAUUCUGAAGAUGACCUUUUGCAAGAAUGUAUAAGUUCUGCAAUGCCAAAAAAGAAAAGGCCUUCAAGGCUGAAAGGUGAUAAUGAGAAACAUAGUCCCAGAAAUAUGGGUGGCAUAUUAGCCGAAGAUUUGACACUUGAUUUGAAAGAUAUACAGAGACCAGAUUCAGAACAUGGUUUAUCCCCUGAUUCAGAAAAUUUUGAUUGGAAAGCUAUUCAGGAAGGUGCAAAUUCCAUAGUGAGUAGUUUACACCAAGCUGCUGCUGCUGCAUGCUUAUCUAGACAAGCUUCAUCUGAUUCUGAUUCCAUUCUUUCUCUAAAAUCAGGAAUUUCUUUGGGAUCACCUUUUCAUCUUACACCCGAUCAAGAAGAAAAGCCUUUUACAAGUAAUAAAGGCCCACGAAUUCUCAAACCUGGAGAGAAAAGCACAUUGGACACCAAAAAGAUGGAAUCUGAAAAUAAAGGAAUCAAAGGAGGAAAAAAAGUUUAUAAAAGUUUAAUUACUGGAAAAGUUCGGUCAAAUUCAGAAAUUUCAAGCCAAAUGAAACAGCCCCUUCAAACAAACAUGCCUUCAAUCUCUAGAGGUAGAACAAUGAUUCAUAUUCCAGGGGUUCGAAAUAGCUCCUCAAGUACAAGUCCUGUUUCUAAAAAAGGCCCACCCCUUAAAACUCCAGCCUCCAAAAGCCCCAGUGAAGGUCAGACAGUUACCACAUCUCCUAGAGGAGCCAAGCCAUCAGUGAAAUCAGAAUUGAGCCCUAUUACCAGGCAGACUUCUCAAAUUGGUGGGUCAAAUAAAGGACCUUCUAGAUCAGGAUCUAGAGAUUCUACUCCUUCGCGACCUACCCAGCAACCAUUAAGUAGACCUUUGCAGUCACCAGGGCGAAGCUCAAUUUCCCCAGGUAGAAAUGGAAUAAGUCCUCCUAAUAAGUUAUCUCAGCUUCCCAGGACAUCAUCCCCUAGUACCUCAUCUACUAAGUCCUCAGGUUCUGGGAAAAUGUCCUAUACAUCCCCAGGCAGACAGAUGAGCCAACAAAACCUUACCAAACAAACAGGAUUAUCCAAGAAUGCUAGUAGUAUCCCAAGAAGUGAGUCUGCUUCUAAAGGACUAAAUCAAAUGAAUACUAGUAAUGGGUCUAAUAAAAAGGUAGAGCUUUCCAGAAUGUCUUCAACUAAGUCAAGUGGAAGUGAAUCUGACAGAUCGGAAAGACCUGCAUUGGUACGCCAGUCUACUUUCAUCAAAGAAGCUCCAAGCCCAACCCUAAGGAGAAAAUUGGAGGAAUCUGCCUCAUUUGAAUCUCUUUCACCAUCUUCCAGACCAGAUUCUCCCACUAGGUCCCAGGCACAAACACCAGUUUUAAGUCCAUCCCUUCCUGAUAUGUCUCUGGCCACACAUUCCCCUGUUCAGUCUGGUGGAUGGCGAAAACUCCCACCUAAUCUUAGUCCCACUAUAGAGUAUAAUGAUGGUAGACCAGCAAAGCGACAUGAUAUAGCACGCUCUCAUUCUGAAAGUCCUUCCAGACUUCCAAUCAAUAGGUCAGGAACCUGGAAGCGGGAGCACAGCAAACAUUCAUCAUCCCUUCCUCGAGUAAGCACCUGGAGAAGAACUGGAAGUUCAUCUUCUAUUCUUUCUGCUUCAUCAGAGUCCAGUGAGAAAGCCAAAAGUGAAGAUGAAAAACAUGUCAACUCUAUUUUAGGAACCAAACAGACUAAAGAAAACCAAGUAACCACAAAAGGAACAUGGAGAAAAAUAAAAGAAAAUGAAAUUUCUCCCACAAGUACUUCUCAGACCACUUCCUCAGGUGCUACAAAUGGUGCUGAAUCAAAGACUCUUAUUUAUCAAAUGGCACCUGCUGUUUCUAAAACAGAGGAUGUUUGGGUGAGGAUUGAGGACUGUCCCAUUAACAAUCCUAGAUCUGGAAGAUCUCCCACUGGUAAUACUCCUCCAGUGAUUGACAGUGUUUCUGAAAAGGGAAAUGGUAAAGAUUCUAAAGAUAAUCAGGGAAAACAAAAUGUGAGUAAUGGCACUGCUCCUGUGCACACCCUGGGUUUGGAAAGCCGCCUGAACUCCUUCAUUCAGGUAGAUGCCCCAGACCAAAAGGGAAUAGAGACAAAACCGGGACAAAAUAAUUCCAUCCCUGCAGCCGAGACGAGUGAAAGUUCUAUAGCCGAACGCACUCCAUUCAGUUCAAGCAGCUCCAGCAAACACAGUUCACCUAGUGGAACUGUAGCUGCCAGAGUGACACCUUUUAAUUACAACCCAAGCCCUAGGAAAAGCAGCGCAGAUAGCACUUCAGCCCGGCCAUCUCAAAUUCCAACACCAGUGAAUAAUAACACAAAGAAGCGAGAUUCAAAAACUGACAGUACAGAAUCCAGUGGAACUCAAAGUCCUAAGCGCCAUUCUGGAUCUUACCUUGUGACAUCUGUUUAAAAGACUGGAAGGACAAAACU